UAAGGGUUUGAGCACACUUGAUCCGGGCCAAAAAGGAACAUGCUUUCUAUCUAGCAGGGCGGCACGGCACAGCUAAAAUGACGGAGUUCCGCAAAGCCUCUGCUGCAGUUGAGACGAUUGAGAAGCUAACGGAGGAUUUGAAGCAAGGGGCAACGCUAGCGGCCGGGGGUCAUUUAUCAAAUGAGCUGCACUCGUGCUGGGUUGAAACGCAGAAGCAUUUGAGUGAAUUGUCUCCACUUGCAGAGAAAAUGCAGCGCCGUUGUGAUGCAAGAGCGCAGCUGGAAAGCAUCAAGGAAGAGUUGCGAGCUUCAAUACCUGGGGCGCCUGAAGACUGUAUCAAACAGGCACAAGAGAUGGUGGACACCAAGGCUGCUGGCUAUGAACAAAUGCAGGGCAUGCUGUCAAAAGCACUGGAACUUGAAGCGAUUGCGACUUACGGCGUCAAAAUGGCUGAAAAGGUGAGCGGUGUGCUCACGAGGCUAAGUGUGGCCAAGGAGACCCUACAAACUAUGACCCCUGUGUUUCAGCCUUUGGUAAGUCAGCUGGAUGAGAAGGUGGCUGCAGCGCAAGCCGAACGUCAGAAGCAGGAGGCGGCUGCCAAUGAAGCAGCUGCCAGAGAGGCCGCUGAAGCGGCCCGAAAGCCCUUGGAGGAACUCAUGGAAGAAAACCAAAAGAAGUGGCAGGCACAACAGGCAGCAGAAGAAGCUGCCAGACUAAAGCAGGAAGAGGAGCUUCGCGCUGAGCAGCAGAAAGAAUUAAACAGACUAGCUGCGGAAGAUGCAUUGCUUCGCAUGGAAAAGGAAUCUGACGCAAAAGUUGCAAAGCUUGGCGCCAAUGCUGCAUGUGCUGAGGCGCUGUCAUCCAUGUUGGCGGCUUCAGUGGGUGCAUACCGUGGCAUCAUUGAAGGUCUCGAGGCAAUGAUUUCUGCCAUUGCAGCAGAGCCAGCUGAUGUCCGAUUGAGGGUAAUCCGUGUUCGCAAUGAGGACUUUCAAGAACGCCUAGGCCGACAGCCGGGUGUGUGGCUUUUUCUGCGAGCUGUAGGAUUUCAGCAAAUGACACGAGAGGAUUUGCCCGGGGACUUAGUCUCUGCGCUGAGUUUGUCGUCAAGUCCUCCAACUGAGCGCUUCUUGCUCCUCAUGGAGCCGGACAUGAUGAAUGCCUAUGAUGAAUGGUCCAAGUGGCACCAACGGCUGCGGGCUGUCGCAUCCUUCCUGCAGGACCUUGGGAAGCUGGCAUUCCAUCGCAUUGCACAUUUGGGUCGACAUGGACAAGACUUAGUAGUCGGUGAGAUCCUGUCAGCCAAAGAGCUGCUAGCAGCUUGGCACAGUAGCGUUCCCAGCUGAC